AUGGAUCCCAAGACCGACGACAUAAGGAAGGAAGCUCCUGUCCCCAGACCAGAGGACCUUCCCCUCAUUCGAGGACCUCCUCUUCCCGUGCCUGGCAACAAUGGCGAUGAUGACAAUGACAAUGACUGGUACUACCCUGAUCUUGACUUCGGUGCUCCUCAGGUGAAUGAUACCGGUGACACAACUGAACAGCUACCUAAGAGCGCGACUACCCUGCCCGCUGCUCCAGUAGUAGAAUCUAGGACCACAGCCAUUGGCACGACAAUGAAUUCUACUAUUGAAAGGAUGGACGCGAGUCCUCAUACUGUUCAACCUCCUGUAGAACCACUGAAACCAAGACGUUCUGAUGAUGAAGUUUCUUUAGGAGCUGAAGAUUCUACCGCAGAAGCUAUGGGACCACAAAUUGCAGUUGACACUCCUGUCAUGGAUGCUGUAAUGGAUGAAAGAGAAGCGGUCAUAGAGGACCCAUUAGAAUUUGCAACUUCUUGCCUUAUGAUUUACGGUGUGCCGUUAGCUGAAGGUUUCGAGUCCAUGCAGACUAGGGUCUCGAGCAUUGCCACCCAACUCCACCUCUUCCUGCCGCCAGCUCUUCCGCUACAACCAGUCAACUACAUUGCUGUUCUCGAGAUCGAAGGACUUCUCAUUCUACAGAGCGCAUCUGCUACGACAGUCCCCAGUGCUCCGGCAGCCUUGAACCUACCACAUGGCGCCCUGCUGCCCUUCGGCGCAAACAUUGCCUUCAUGUGGUCCCCAUCAGGGAACACACUGAGUCCCGUAUUACUACAAGGUAACGGUACAGUCCUGCCCUACCAGAUGCCCCUCUCUGGACCUACUCCAAUUCCAUCUAUUCCCCUAUCAUCUCGUCUUUUGGAUCUGCAUGAUUUAUCCUCUCGACUAUCCGACACCCCUAGGGUUUCACUAGCCGAUAGAUUAGAGGUCGCCGGAUCCAUGGACAUGGAACUCCCUUCGUUUUUUGUUCCCAUGACAGUGGAUGAUCCACAUUUGGCGGCUGUCAGUGACAUGAUGGCAAACGCCGGACCAUUAGUGUUGGACCCAGUGCAGUAUGACAACCCUUGGAGGCCUGGUGACCCUGUUGAUGAGGAAGAAGUGGAAGACAAAUCCAUGGAGGAAGUCACAUGGAAAAAGACUAAACAAGGAAGGCGAUCAGGGCAGAAGAUCCAAGACAUUUGA